AUGACUCAAGAAAAAAUCAUCCUUCACUGGCUAAAUUUCUCCCGUGCCCACAGAGUUCUCUGGCUUCUUGAAGAAUUAGAGGUGCCAUAUGAAUUAAAACUUUAUGAACGUGAUGAAGAUUAUCGUGCUCCACCUCAGUUGAAAAAAAUUCAUCAGUUGGGGAGAUCUCCUAUAUUGGAGAUUUAUCCUGAUGGUAACGAAGAUCCAAUCAUCUUGGCUGAAACUGGGUACAUUAUGAGUUACAUAUUGGAAAACUAUAAUCCAAAAGGGAAAUUGGUUCCAGAAAGUAAAAGGAACCAGGAGCUAGUGAAAUAUUACUUAUAUUAUGCCGAAGGUACUUUGCAAGGGAUUUUAGUUUCUCUUUAUGUUCUAGGCGAAACAUCCAAAAGAGCUCCAUGGGGUGGUAGAACAAUUGGUGGUUUGGUAGCUAAGGGAAUUUCAAAAGGUUAUUACUUACCAGAAGCAUUUUCGAAUUUAGAUUUCUUAGAAGAGCAAUUAUCAAAACAGCCAGGUGGGUACUUCGCUGGCGACAAACUAUCUGCUGCGGACAUUAUACUUAGUUUCCCAUUAAAUGAUGACCUUUUCUCAAAUAGAGCCGCUAUGAAUAGGGUUGGACUGGAUAUUUCUAGCAAGUACCCUAAUAUCAAGGCGUGGCGCAAAAGGAUUGUUAAAGAACCGGGCUUAAUCAGAGCAAAUGAGAUCAUCAAAAAAGACUUGUAA